AUGUCUGACAUUGGGGAGCUCAGUUCGCCCCAUUCGGAGUCGCAGUUAAUCGAGGUUGAGGUACAUCAUGUGGGUGUGACGGCCAAGCUGCAAUCGCCAUUAAGGAAGUUGUUACCUCAAUUGAACAACUCGACGGAUACGGAAUUGUUCCAAAAGACCAAAUCUCAAUACAAUAUGUUCGAUAACGAGGGACAGGGUGAUACAACAACGACGGCAUUAUCCAGUCCGUCCCAUGUGCUCUACGAGAUGCAUGCGGAGCCGGAGAGGAAUGUGAUUAAGCCAAAUCGCAUCGAGUUUCAACGUUAUUCCAAAGUGAAACGUGCAAAAUUUGCGGUGCCACCGCGGAGGAGACAAAGCAAGACGAAACAACCGUCGACAAGGGGCAAGGAAGUGAAGAAGGAGCAGCGUGCCGGGUUCUUGGAUCGCAUUGUCGCCGCGCUGGACAACAUGUGCAAGUGCCAGCCUCAACAUGCCCACAAUAUCAUCGAUGAUCUGCCCUCGCCCAAGUGGAAUAAGAAGGCGGCAGCGCGUCACACUUGCAUUGGCAUCUAUCCCUUUGAGCACGGAUGUGCGGAUUACCUGAGCACCACGGACACGCAUCCCAAGAUCAAUUCCAUUGUCCUGGCAGAUCGAGCCACAACAUAUGCUACACAUUUUUGGGCCGAGUUCUUUGGUCUGCUGCACAUUGGUGUCGCCUUUGUGGUGGCAUUUGUGCUCCAAUCCUAUAGAUUCGUCUUGUACUCUGUGAUCAAUUCUCUCAUAGUGGGACUGCUGCAUAUGACCUCGGAUUACUUGGUCAAACCGGCGUUGACAGUUACUUUUAAUGGGUUCCUACAACCUCCCAUGAUAUUUCUCUAUAAUGUUAUGUGUUCACUUCGCGAUAUUUUGGAGCCCGUUGCAGACACUUUAAAUAACUUUGUAAAGCCUCUAGCGACGCUUGGAGGAAGUUUGAGACUGAUCAAUGUCAACUACCGAAGUGUGCGUCGUUUGGCCAAGGAUGUUUGAUAAUCUUCCAAACACUUUUCCUAAUGCUUUCACAAAUUGUUCAACUGUUUUUCAAUGCGUUAUUUUCUUUGGUUUUAUUUAAUUUCAA